AUGGAACUUUAUGAUGGUCCAAGAAAAAAACCACUGAAUGAAGAUGUUUAUGACAAUAAUGGAAUUGAUGAAGAAGAAUUUACUGAGAUAAAUGUGGCAGAAAACCAGCCAAGCCUUCCAGCUCGCAGGAGAUUUCUCCUUGCAAUUGCUGGAAUUCCAGGAUCGGGCAAAUCAACGUUUGCGAAGAACAUAGUGAAUGGAGUCAAUAAUAGUUUUGAGCAUGAAGCAGCUGUACUUGUUCCAAUGGAUGGAUUCCACUAUACUAAAAAGGAAUUAGAAGGGUUUGAGAAUCCGGAAGAAGCACGUAUGCGCAGAGGAGCGCAUUGGACGUUCAACGCCCAAGGUCUACUGUCUCUAAUUUCUUUGUUGCGUGAAGACAUAACCGAUGCCCCCAUCUUCGCUCCAUCGUUUAUUCAUGGCAUUGGUGAUCCGAAAGAAGACGAUAUACAAGUGUCCAUAACUCACCGAUUGGUGGUUCUCGAAGGUCUGUAUCUGCAUUUGACGGAACCUCCACCGUGGAACGAAAUAUCAUCGAAUAUGGAUGAAUUGUGGUUCAUCACUGUGGAUCCUGCUUUAGCGCGAAGUAGACUUAUAAAAAGACACAUGAAGAGUGGCAUCGCAUUGACCGAGGAUGCAGCAGCACACAGAGCAGAUACCAACGACAUACCCAAUGGUGAAUUUCUUCUCAAGUACAGUGCUGCUCCUGAUAGGAUCAUACAAAGUAUAGAAGAGGAAGGGCAUGGAAUAUGA